ACGCCUUGUAUGCAGUGGCAGGAUAUCCCCUCUUCUCUGUGCGAAUUGAAAAAGGCCGACGACCAUACUCCUUCCUCCUGACCCUCAUAGCCUCCCUGCUCUCGAUCAGCCAGCCCAACAGCUCAACAGCUCACCACCUCUCCACCACCACAACCAUGCCUCAAGCGCAGCCCGAGCUCAAAAAGUACAUGGAGAAGCGCCUGUUCGUCCAAUUGAACGGCAACCGCAAAGUCAUCGGCGUCCUGCGCGGCUACGAUGUCUUUCUGAACAUUGUCCUCGACGAAGCCAUUGAAGAAAAGGCAGGCGGCGAGCGCGAGAGGUUGGGCAUGGUGGUCAUCCGUGGCAACUCCGUGGUCAUGCUCGAAGCGCUGGAACGCAUGGGCGAUGAUCGACGAUGAAGAAGUCCGCGCAAAAUGAGAGAAAGCCCGUACGAGAAAAUAUAGGAAUUGAGGUUCGCAGGGAUUUUACAAAAGUUGAGACCCCUCCGAUUUGCAAUGCUUCUGGCGACAAUUGCGUCGAAGCAAAGGAGCGCUUCGUUAUUAUUGUUACACGUCGAUCUAUGGAGGAUUUGCAACAUACGCGAGGGUGACGAGUUCCCUCCACCGACAAUCUUUGCCAGUCGGCGCUCUCGCCCUCAAGACAUCCAGUCUCCUUCCACCCGACUACUUUGAUCAGCAACAAAUGCACAGCCUCUGCCAUGUGUGCUGCUCAAGAUUGCGAGGAACCUCCAUUUCCAGCCGGUCGUUUGGGAAUCUUCAGAGUAAUACGACCUGGGCCUCCAAUAGGUGUCUGCGGCUUUGGAGCGGGCUUUUGCUGCGCUGGCUUGGUGUGAUGGGCGAUUGGGGGUGGUGCCGGUGUGGGAUUUGACAAGGAAAUCGAAGGUUGACGAUUCGGACCCGCCGAGCGACUGUCGUUCCCACUCCCGCCCACCUUUAACUUCAACUUCAGACCGCUUCCUCCUCCAAUACUUGGCCGCGAGUGCGGUAACUCAGGACGAGGGACAAUGACAGCAGUGGGAGGUGGUGGAGGCUGCCAUUUUGGCAUGGGCUUGUUGCGGACUUUGCGUGUCUCGGAGAACUUGAGCUUGCCCUGCAUUGGCAGAAAAGCCAUGUUAACCCGGCAAUCCGAAUUGUCAAUGCAAAAUGCCGAUCGAGGAACAAACUUACCUUUCCUAGAUUCUGAACCUUCCAGUAUCGAGGUAGUCGUAGUGUGACUUUCAUCUCGUUGACUGGCUGGUACAGCAAGCGGCAGAAGUCAAGUAGAGUCUUCAGAUCUUCCAGCGUGAUUUGGUCGUAACAAAUGGCAUUCCACAGAGCCGAUCGCAAAGGGCC